GCAUAAUUUUAAUGCUAAGAGGGACCCUAAUUUUCCAUAUUUUUUUCGGUAAAUCUCUUUGUAAAACCCUAGAGGAUCUAUAGUAUACGGGGUUGUGUACAGUGUUUUAGGUCUGUUUUUCGGGGGUCAGAGGAGGAGGAAGCGGAAGGAGUGGGAAUCGAACUGCAGGCCAUCUACAGGGAAAAAUGGGUAUUGAUUUGGUAGCAGGAGGGAAGAGCAAGAAGACCAAGCGUACCGCUCCGAAGAGCGACGAUAUUUAUCUCAAGCUUCUCGUAAAGCUUUACAGGUUUUUAGUGAGAAGAACCAGUAGCAGCUUUAAUGCGGUAGUUUUGAAGAGGCUGUUUAUGAGCAAGAUUCACAAAGCACCAUUAUCUCUCUCUCGCCUCGUGCGUUAUAUGGAGGGGAAGGAGGGCAGUACUGCUGUGUUAGUUGGUACUGUAACUGAUGAUAAAAGGCUUUAUGAGCUACCAGCAUUGAAGGUUGUAGCUCUUCGAUUCACAGAAACAGCAAGGGCUAGGAUUUUAAAGGCAGGAGGGGAAUGCUUGACCUUUGAUCAACUUGCGUUGCUUGCACCAUUGGGACAAAACACGGUCCUUUUGCGUGGACCUAAGAGUCACCGUGAGGCUGUUAAGCAUUUUGGAAAGGCACCUGGUGUCCCACACAGUCACACCAAACCUUAUGUCCGCUCUAAAGGAAGAAAAUUUGAGAAAGCUCGUGGUAGGAGAAACAGCCGUGGUUACAAGGUUUAAAUCAUUUAAUAGGUUCUUUGGGGUAAUUUUAGUAAAUUGUGGAGACAUAGGCUUACUACAACUUAUGUGGUAAUUGUAAGCAGUGAUGCUAUAUGAUUGUGUCCAGGACUUUAAAGGUUCAUUCUAGUUAUGAGUAUUAACAAUUUUGUUAGCUUUUAAAUGCUUUUUUACUCUCUGUUAAACAUUGAAUUCGUGUAACCUUUGGCACAGUUUUGCCAAAUUUAUAUUUUGGCCACUUCAAUGUUCACGGUAUCCUGAAAACUAUCUUUUUUGAAUGGAUUUUUAAAAUGUCGUUCUUGUGGCUUCAA